UUACGAACGCAAUUUUUUACAUAAACACCGGGACGAGUUAGAUAACAACAGUCGUUCUAACAGACAGUCAACAACAAUCAGUCAGCUAGAAUCAACAACAACACCUACACUAGCAAUUACCUAGGAAAAUUAUAGCACAAAACAAGAGGAAAGAUCAGCUAUGAAGGCUCUACGCUGCCCAUUUCUUACGCGUGUAUCUGUGAAUCAGAUUACCCAGAAUGCUCGUAGUCUGCUCACGAACCAUGUUGGAAGUUGUCCUAUUAUGACAAGAAUGAUGAGUUCUGUACAGCUAGAAAAUGUCACCCAGUCUCAAGAGAAUAAGCCUGAGAAAAGCAAGUGUCCAUAUCUGGCAAAUGAGUUAAAGACAGUUGCCCCAGUGAGUCAAGAGGUUCAAGAUGAUGUUAUACAUGUCCAAGUAGGUAAGACCAGAAGACCUGAGAGUGACAUUGAUGAUAAUACAGUAGACGGUAACCAGAUUUCUCUGAAGACAAAGGAGAAAUUGACAGAGUUCAUAAAGGUCUCUCCAGUGCUAGAAAACUUGGCUAAUGUUGAAGUUGAGAUGACAGGCUUGACUCCAGAGAGAGAAGAAAUCCCACUGAAGAAGAAGAGUCCCUCAGACAGAGGUGGAGGUCCUACUUCUCCAAAUACAAACCUGUUUAACUACGAGAAGUUUUUUGAUGGCCAGAUAGAGAAGAAGAAGCGUGAUCAUUCAUAUCGUGUAUUUAAGAAAGUGUUACGUAAAGGUCCAAUGUUCCCACUAGCUGAGGAACACACCAACACAAAGAAGAAGAUCAGUGUCUGGUGUAGUAAUGAUUAUCUCGGAAUGAGCUGGCAUCCUAAAGUAACAGAUGCUGUCAAGAAUGCAUUACUAGAGCAUGGUGCAGGAGCUGGAGGGACACGGAAUAUAUCCGGGAAUUCUCCACUUCAUGAGGAUCUAGAGAAAGAAUUAGCCUCCCUACAUCAGAAAGAUUCUGCUCUCAUCUUUACUUCAUGUUUUGUGGCGAAUGAUUCAACAUUGUAUACACUUGGAAAAGCUUUACCUGGUGUGCACAUAUUCUCUGAUGCUGGGAACCAUGCCUCUAUGAUACACGGUAUACGCACCAGUGGGGCACCAAAACAUAUAUUUCAACACAAUGAUCCAGAUCACCUUGAACAUCUGUUGAAACAGGUUGACCCGGCUAUACCCAAAAUUGUUGCAUUUGAAACUGUGCAUUCCAUGGAUGGUGCUGUGUGUCCACUGAAGGAGCUAUGUGAAGUGUCACACAAAUACGGUGCUCUUACAUUUGUUGAUGAGGUGCAUGCUGUAGGUUUAUAUGGUAGGAAUGGUGCUGGGGUUGGAGAACGUGACGGUUGUAUGGACCAGAUUGAUAUCAUCACAGGAACUCUAGGGAAGGCAUUUGGUAAUAUAGGUGGUUACAUAGCUGGAUCAGCCAGCACUGUAGACAUGAUCAGAAGCUAUGCUGCUGGAUUUAUAUUUACAACAUCUUUACCACCUACAACUUUAGCUGGUUCCCUGGCUUCUAUUAAGGUGUUAAGAAGUGAUGAAGGGAGACAACUGCGGUUCCGUCAUCAAGAAUCUGUGAGAUAUUUGAGAGAUAGGUUGGUACAGGAGGGGAUACCAGCGUUACACUGCCCCAGUCAUAUCAUUCCUAUUCAUGUUGGAGAUGCUGCCUUGGCGACUAAAUUGAGUAAUGAUUUAAUACAGGAGCACAGUAUCUAUAUACAAGCUAUAAACUACCCUACUGUAGCACUGGGUGAGGAACGCCUCCGUAUAGCACCAACACCACAUCAUACCAUUGAAAUGAUGGACGACCUUGUAGAGAAACUUGUCCACGUCUGGAAGAAAAAUAAUCUGGAGCUUCACAAGAAUGUAUGCCCCAAGUCGUGUGAGUUCUGCCACAAGCCACUGGAGUUUGAGCGUUUCUUCAGCCGUGAACCGAUCUGUGGUCGGUCAAACUGCACUUACUCCUCGCUACAGUCGACACUCGUUGCUGCUUGAAAACAUCUUAGACAUGUAACAAAAACUGGCACAAUGUCAUGACAUGAUACAAUAAAUAUGACAAAAUGAUAUAUUUUUAAUAGCAAUUUAUACAUAUAUUUAAGUAUUGAUAUAGCUUUGCUUAAUUUCCAUUAUUAUACAUAUUUUAUAUAAAUUGAGGAAGUUGAUAGGUUGCACAAAAAUAUUCAUUAAAUAUAGGCUGUAUUUAAACGGAAAGCUAUUUUUCUUUUUCUCUUUUGAUCUUUUAACACAAGAUAAUAUGAUGCAUUAUUUUAUAUAUUUGAAAGAAACUUCAAGUUAUGAAAUUAUUGUUUCUAAGUAUAAUGCAAUGUUUUUAUUAAGGCAUGGUUUGACAAUAGAUGACUAUUUUUUAAAUAUCGAUAAUGUGACAUUUUUCAUACUUACCAUCUUCACUUAAAUUAUUGUGUUGACAUUUUAUAGGUUAUUUUAAAAUGUUAUUAUGAACAAAAUACACAUUUAUUAUUUAAAAGCAAAACAUCCUAUAUAAGAAUAUAUUAGAGAAUGAACAUAAAGAUGUUACAAUAUUCAUGUAUGUUUGUCUUUUUAUUCAACACUAAAAAAUUCAGGAUAACUCUGAUAAAUGUUGAAAUUAGGUUUAAAUUAUUUCACUGCCUUUGCUUUCAUUUAUACAGGUGUUGGAAAUCUUUUAUUUUUUAUUUAUUUUUUUAUAUAUAUCACAUUUAUUGAUUAAUUUUUAUCCAAUUAAUUAUUAUUACAGCAGCGCUGUAAUAAAAAAUGCACAUGGUAGGAAACCAUCCAUUGUGAUCAGGAGACAGACAUUUUAUUGGCUCUUUAAAUCAUUUACAGUACAUUUAUUUCAGUAAUAGAAAUCAACUUAAAUUGGAAAUAAAAUGUAAUAUAUCAGCUAUCAACAUUUAAUGUAAGCUUGCACAGUCUCUAUUUCAUUGUGCACAUCCCCGUUGCAGACUAGGUCAAAUUUUAAAUGCAGAUGAUUUUAUUUGCAAAUGCAAUCAAGUAAUGAUUUGAGUGUUAAUUUUCAUUAUUUUUCUCUGGGUUUUUAUUUUGACUGCAAGGAAGAUUUAGCAUUUAUAUUUCCCACUUUGAGAAUAAACGUAAUUUUGAAGUGAUAUUUCUUAAUUAAAUUCCUUAAGAAUUGGAUUUGUGGGUUGAUUUUAAAUGGUUUUAAUUUUAACAAUAGAAAUUGCCCUAUAUGUGCCUUUCAAAUGAGCACUUCUGUUUGUUAUAAUGUGUUACUUGUUAAAUAGAAAUAUUAAGUUUAUUUGUUGAUUAUUUUUAAGAAUAUUUUAUAAUUAUUGGGUAGAAAUCUUCUUUUAUUAAAUAUAGAAUUGUAUGAGACAGUAUGAAAGGGUAUGUUGCAUACAUCUUUGAUUGUAAGUGUAUUUGUGAAAACUAUUUAUUUUUUUCACUUUAAAAAAUUCCUUUUGUACAAGUGAAGAGGUCAGUAAUGGAUAGCAUCUGUUUUAGAAUGAAACUAUUUUGGACAAUUGUUUCUAGUUGAAUUCAUCUUAAUUAUGUGAUAAUGUGAAUGAAAGAUGUUGCACUUUUCAUUGUCUCUUUAAACAAAAAAUAAAACUAAGACUGUGACUAACAACAAUUUUUAUUUGUAUUUUUUACUUUUGAGUGGUCUCCCUUUUCAAGAUUUUUCUCCUUCAAAGAGAUUGAAUAUUAAGUGCAUAAGAAAUAUAUUUUUUACUAAUGUCAUAAUUGCUUAAAAAACAACAAUAAAAGCAUCUUUAACAAUGUAAAAAGUAUAUUUGACAAGUUAUUUCAAAUUACAUUGCAUUAUAUGUUUCCAAGAAUUUCUCUCAGUUUUGUUCACCUUUUGUCAAAAUAUCCUGAUAGUAGUUAUGACUGUAAAAAUUGAAUUUUGUUCCUGCAAUUGAAAGGAGUGGAUGUGAGACAGGAAGUUUGUAUGUGAUAUAUUUAAAAGUAUAUUGUUUUACGGUGGUUUGCAAUAUGGGUUGAAAAGGCAAUCUUUAGAAAUAAGAAGUUAUGUAUGAAGCUAUAUAGUGAGUGGUGUAUAUAAGUUGAUAUGUCAGAAUGAAAGUUUGAAUUAUGUUGGCAAUAAAACUGUUGAUAAGAUCAGAUAUGUUGACCAUUUAAAUAAAGUAUACAUGAAAAUAGAAAAUAUGAGUAUAAGUUAAUGUGAGUUGAUUUUCGUAAUUGAUAUGUUUUUACAGGGUGUGUUUCAUGUGUAUCAUUAUUAUUUAAGCAUUUUAAGCUUUUAUUAUAUUGAAGUUAGUUGUUCUUAUACUUCUGUACCAGAUAUUUUUUAAUAUUUUUUUAUAGACUCUUUUGAGUUAGGAGGUUCAUACAAGUACAAGGUCAUGGAAAAUUAUUGACUCACUUUAGCAAUAAAAGAAGAUAUAUAACUGCACAAAUUUGUAAAAAUUGAAAAGAUCUAAACUACAAGAAAUAUAAAAAAAAUGAAUAUCUCAACAAUCAAAACUGAUACUAGUAACUGAGUGGUUUAGGUUUGAACUUUGGAUAAUGUAGUUUUAUUGUAUUAACAUGUAGACAUGCAUGUCAGAUUUUACCAUGGUUGACUUGUUUUCUAUGAUUUCUGUAUUAUUUAUUUAAAGUUCUAUUUGAUUUAGUCUUCUAUUCACCUGUUCCUUUUUGUAAAUUAGAUAUAGACUUGUCCUCUUCUUUUGCUUUAUCUUCAGCUUAGAGGCAUGCUUGUAUGGAAAUUAUGGUUUAAUUUUUAUUUUUGCAAUAAACAAUAUGUUAUGUUUAAUAUUCAUGUUUGAAUAUAUGUGAUAAGGCUGUCCAUUCAUGAUUAACAUGUAGGGUGAAAGAAGGGUAUAAUGGGUUGAGAGUAUGAAAUGUUAAUGUUGUUAUAAAGUAAAAACAUAAUACAUCAGGAAACAUCAAGUGAGAGAGUAUGAGAAAGAAGGUGAAGGGGAGGGGGGAAUUGAUGCAGAGAAAAUGAGAUGGUAGGGGAAUUGAUGUGGGGAAUGUGAGUUCAGAGCUAAUAGGAGACAGUUGAAAUAAGGUUGUGAGAAGUUGGGAGAAAACGAUUUCUGUGCAGAGCUACAGACACGAAAUCAAAAGAUUUUAUUAUAAAAAAUUGAAAAUUUUCAAUUUUAAAUAUAAUAUAAAUUUAAUUUAAAUAUUACCAAAUAAUAAUUGAUAAACAUUGAGACUUCUCGUAAUUUUGGUGGUAGUCAUUUGUAACUGUGGUUUUAUCUAAACACAAAAUGUUUACACUAUCACUCCUGUAGAUGAUUUCUUUAAAGUUUUUGGAAAUUAUUUGUCAACAUCCUUGUUUUGUACGGUUACAUCUAUGUACAAAAAUAAAAUAAAAUGUUAAACCUA